CAAUUUCUGGCUACCUAGGUAGGUAGGUUUAGAGAGCUCUGCGCGCCGGAGGGACGCCCAAAAGCAGGGUGCAGCAAAGCAGCUACUAGCUAACUAGCAUAGAACUGCACGGUUUACGAGCCCAGCAACCCUUUUGAUUUGCCGAAUCCUUAGGGCUUCUUAUUCUCCGGGAGCGGGCCGCAAAAUACCCUAACAUCUGGCGGUGGUACAGUAGUAGCAAGCAUGGCACACAGGUUGAUUUGUACUCCUGACAAUUCAAAUGCUCUUUUGGAUAAGAACGAUGUUGAACAGAGGCAAGGCUUGCGGUGCCGCUUUGUGAGCCAGUCUGGAGCUGCUCAUGACGUUGGGGCUACCUAUGCUGAUGAUGGUUGCAGUGCGCAGUGCAAUGUUCAGGAACCGGAAGUUGAAUCCAAAGCCUUUGUGCUUUUGGACAAUGAAGAUGAGCCUAUACCAUGCAAGGCCACACCUGUGCCGACUAAGGCGUUGGACAUCGGCUCUGCCGAGAUCCAGGCCGACUCUUCGACAAGCUUCAAAGCGGUGGUUGGGGCCCUCGGUUGGCUGGACCGGUACCUCUUUGUGUGGAUCCUGCUCGUUAUGAUUCUCGGCGUGGUGGCCGGAAACUACAUCCCGGGCAUCGAGGAAGCCUUCAACGCGUCCAAGGUCGACUCCGUCUCCCUCCCGAUCGCCAUCGGCCUCUGGUGGAUGAUGUACCCCGUACUGUGCAAGGUCCGCUACGAGCUCCUCGGGUCACAGCUCUUGGAAUCAGACCUGCGCAAUCAGCUCCUCCUGUCCUUCAUCGGCAACUGGCUCAUCGGCCCUGCGCUGAUGACCGGCCUCGCGUGGGCCACUCUCCCCGAUCUCCCCGGGUACCGAACCGGCGUCAUCCUAGUUGGCUGCGCCCGCUGCAUCGCGAUGGUCCUCAUCUGGAACCAGCUCGCGCUCGGCGACACCGACUUCUGCGCCAUCCUAGUUGCCUUCAACUCCGUCCUGCAAAUUGUGCUGUACGCCCCGGUGGCCAUCUUCUUCCUCAACGUGGUGUCGGGGCGCAGCGUCGACGUGAGCUUUAGCACUGUCGCCAAGAGCGUCGCGCUCUUCCUGGGUGUGCCUUUGGCGGCCGGUGUGGUUACUCGGCUGGUGCUCCGGAAGUGGCCGGGCGCAGAGUGGUACGAGAGGAAGUUCCUGCCCUGGUUUGGGCCCACCGCUCUCCUCGGGCUGCUGUUCACCAUCUUCGUCAUGUUCUCGCUGCAAGGCAAGCAAGUCGUGCACAACCUGGGGGACGUCGCGCGGGUCACCGUGCCCCUGCUGAUCUACUUCGCCAUCACCUUCUCCGGGACGCUCUUUGUCUGCAAAAAGCUCAAGAUCUCGUACCCGAAGAGCGUCACUCAGGUCUUCACUUCCGCAAGCAACAACUUUGAGCUGGCAAUUGCUGUAGCAGUGGCGAGUUUCGGGAUCAACUCGCAGGAAGCAUUGGCGGCUGUUGUGGGUCCUCUUAUCGAGGUCCCUGUUCUUCUGGGGUUGGUCUACGUGGCUCUCUGGCUGAAGAAGAGGUGGUAGUCUGUUUUAGGCUUAGUUUAUUGCUGGCGCGGCGGAUAGGUUGAUGGUUGCACAAUCUGUUCAAAGGGAUCAAUCCAAUUGCGUUGGCCGUCUUCCAGUGCACGCCACCUCAAACGAGUAGUUGCAUAAGUGCGUAUCUUCUAGAGAAAGUUUAGCACAUUAGUCGCACAAAGGGAGUCAUGGUUGAGACGAGCUUGCGUCAUGUGUUGAAGUUGAAGAGAUUAUUGUGUUUUUGCAAUCCACAAAAUGGCAGAUUGCUUUUUGAUAAUAGCGAGAGAGGUCCUACAUCCGACUCAUACGAGAAAUUGCAGCAUGCAGAAAUUAGAGGCUACUAGUUCUGGGGUUUGAAGUUGAUAGAAUUACAUUGCAUGCACGGCAAUCGAUCGGAAC